AUGUCUUAUUACGAUAAUUCAUCACAGCCACCUCAUAAUCCAGAACAAAACAAUCCGUGGGCCUUAGAGCAUCAUGUACCUGCUGGUCCUCAACAACAACAGCAGUCGCCAUUAAGUGGAUUAGGUGACAGCAUCCAUCAGAUGCCACAACAACAAAUAGUCGGCAAUGAGCAACUCCCACUACUACAACAACAACUGACCAUACAACAAACCUUUUAUCAACAACUCGCGCAAAUGCGUGCAGAACGACAAGAAGCUCUGCAUCGACAACAAAGUGGUGAACCUCAAGAACAUCAACAUCGUCAUCAUGAGGAAUUAGUACAACAAUCAAACCACAUUCAGGGGCAAAAUCGCGAUUAUGGCGUAACAACUAAAGUAGGCGCAUCAAUUACACCAAGAGCGAAUCAACCGCCCCUUGUUUCGGCGUUACAAAGUGUAACCCAAGCCAUGUUACAACAACAACAACCAGCUCCAAGCUCAACACCACAACAACAGCCGAGAGUACUAGUAUCGAUUAUUUCGGAGGGAUCAAGCAUGUCUGAUUGGGCGACCGGAAGCGAACAUUCCGAUUCAGACAGUCAGAACAACAAUAAUAAUAAUCGCAUACGACAAGCCCAACAAAAUGACGCCACAACAGUAAAUACCAAAAAGUACAGACGUUUGACUUUGCGACCUUAUGCAGAACACGAUGCAGUCGUUUGGUAUGAUUCGUUGGACGAAGCAGUAACAAAGGAUAUUGAUCAACUCAAAAUUUAUUUUAUCGUUCAUUUUGGGGGCGCUCAACAUGCAUCUGUCGUGGCACUCUCGAAUUACCAGAAAUGA